UCUCCUCGGGGAGCACAUCCGGUGGCGUUUCCUGUGUUUGUAAAUUGAAAGAAAUUGGAACUCAGGCCACGGGCGUCGAAACACGACAAACGAGGAAAAUUUAAAGUUUUAGUGCUAGAUGAGUGAGGUGGGUGUGGCCCCCCGUCAGACUGACCAUCCUGAUUGACGGAUCCCUGGAUGACCUUGUCCCCGCCCCCAUCCCCGCCCUCACAUACACCGUUCCCACUGCAAUGUCACACCUGCCCAGCAGCUCAGUCCGCGACCAUAUGAAAUGGGCGGGGUUGCUUGGCUGUGAGGCUGUUCUCUCCAGUAUGGCCCUGAUGCAGGCCAGCUCCAUGGCCGGUCCGCCCAAGAAGAUGAUGGCUCCACUCGGCCAUGGACCACCACCCCAGAGGGAUGGUUUAGACCGCGGUCCUCAGAGCCACAUGAUCCUGCCAUCUGGAAUGAGCUGUCCACCCCUGCUUAUCCGGAAGGAGGCUGACUUCCACGCCCCCCGCCUGCUGGACGAGAAGGAGAUGAGGGCCAACGAGGACAUGCAGCUGAAAAAGAAGAACAGGAAGUCAGGAACUCCGUGUAAAGUGAGAGAGCAAGACGGGAGGGGAGGGAAGGUGGUUGUUGUGGAUGAGAAUGGUAACUGUCCAAUAUCCAAAGUGCAGAAGAACUUCAUCUGUGAUCACUGUUACGGAGCAUUUAGGAGUGGAUAUCACCUGAAGAGACACAUUCUCAUUCAUACAGGGGAGAAGCCGUAUGCUUGUGGCAUAUGUGACAUGAGGUUUAUUCAGCGUUACCACCUGGAGAGACACAGCCUCAUUCACACGGGGGUGAAGCCGUACGCUUGUUCCAUGUGUGACAUGAGGUUUUUCCAGCGUUACCACCUGGAGAGACACAGCCUCACUCAUACGGGGGUGAAGCCGUACGCUUGCUCCAUGUGUGACAUGAGGUUCUACCAGCGUUACCACCUGUCUCGACACAGCCUCACUCAUACGGGAGUGAAGCCAUAUGCUUGUUCCAUGUGUGACAUGAGGUUUAUUCAGCGUUACCAACUGGAGAGACACAGCCUCACUCAUACGGGGGUGAAGCCAUUUGGUUGCACCAUGUGUGACAAGAGGUUCUUCCAGCGCUACCACCUGGCCAGACACAGCCUCACUCAUAUGGGGGUGAAGCCGUAUGCUUGCACCAUGUGUGACAAGAGGUUUUUCCAGCGAGACCAUCUACGGAGACACAGCGUCACUCAUAUGGCGGUGAAGCCGUUCGCUUGCACCAUGUGUGACAAGAGGUUUUUUGAGCGCCACCACCUGCGGAGACACAGCAUCACUCAUAUGGGGGUGAAGCCGUUCGCUUGCACCAUGUGUGACAAGAGGUUUUUUGAGCGCCACCACCUGCGGAGACACAGCAUCACUCAUAUGGGGGUGAAGCCGUUCGCUUGCACCAUGUGUGACAAGCGGUUUUAUCAGCGCCACCACCUGCGGAGACACAGCAUCACUCAUAUGGGGGUGAAGCCGUACGCUUGCACCAUGUGUGACAAGCGGUUUUACCAGCGCCACCACCUAGCAAGACACAGCGUCACUCACAUGGGAGUGAAGCCGUAUGCUUGCACCAUGUGUGACAAGAGGUUUUAUCAGCGCCACCACCUGGCGAGACACAACGUCACUCACAUGGGAGUGAAGCCGUACGGUUGCACCAUGUGUGACAAGAGGUUUUACCAGCGUUACCUCCUGGCAAGACACAGCCUCACUCAUUUGGGUGUGAAACCUUACGCUUGCACCAUGUGUGACAUGAGGUUUGUUCAGCGCUACCACCUGACAAGACACAGCCUCACUCACACGGGGGUGAAGCCGUAUGCUUGUUCCAUGUGUGACAUGAGGUUUAUUCAGCGUAACCACCUGGAGAGACACAGCCACACUCAUACGGGGGAGAAGCCGUUUGCUUGUGACAUGUGUGACAUGAGGUUUAUCCAGCGUUACCAUCUGGAGAGACACAAGCGUGUCCACAGCGGAGAGAAGCCUUAUCAGUGUGAGCGCUGCCAGCAGAACUUCUCGCGGACAGACCGGCUGCUUCGACAUCGACGGCUGUGCCAGGGCCGGGGUGUGGCCAAGGUGGAGAACCAGCCGUGCUGCGAGCCCCGCCCUUACUCCCAGGAGCCCCCGCCCGCUCCACCAACUUGGAGCCCCCUGCACCCCCCUCCUGGUCGGCUGGCUGUCUGACUGACAUUCCCCCCACCCCCAUCGUCCCUCCAUACACUUACACACAUACACGACUACCACCUCCCCAGAGAGACAGGACAGGCCACAGGGUCUUUGUCACGCAGCCCUGCGCUCAGUGGCCACACUCUGGCAAAGACUGAUCCUGCAGCUCCAGUCCUGAGGUUACUAUGACAGAGGGACAAAUACAGGUAACUGCCAAAAUACAGGAAACACUUGAGUAAAUGAGGGAUACAAAGUAUAUUGAAAGCAGGUGCUUCCACACAGGUUUGGUUCCUGACUUAAUUAACAUGCCAUCAUGCUUAGGGUCGUGUGAGAAAAUGCUCAGUUGCUCCUUAUUUUAGCUCCUAUGGCUAGAAGGAGAGAUCUGUGACUUUGAAACAGGUCUCAAAGGUGCAUGGGGGUUUAAAGUGUGUGUGUGUCAGUCACCAGAUCUCAACCCAAUUGAACACUUACGGGAGAUUCUGGAGCGGCGCCAGAGACAGAUUUUUCCACCACCGUCAACAAAACACCAAAAGAUGGAAUUUUGCGUGAAAGAAUGGUGUGGCAUCCCUCCACUAGAGUUCCAGACACUUGUAGAAUCCAUGCCACGGUGUUUUGAAGCUGCUCUGGCUCGUGGUGGCACAAUGCCCUAUUAAGACACUUUAUGUUGGUGUUUCCUUUAUUUUAGCAGUUACCUGUUUUUAUUUGUUGUGUUUUGUCGUCUUUUGAGAGCGAGUUUCCUUCGAUAGUUAGUCUAUUUUGUUCUUAAUAUAUCAGAUCCUUUCUCAAAGUUAAGUUUUGUAUUAUUUAGGUUUAUUGUUUGUGCACUUGGUGGUACUCUUGGGGAGGGUGGGGUUACUGUUUGUCGUUACACCAUGGUAAUGAUGAACUGGUGUGUGUAUAUAUAUAUAUAUAUAUACAUGAAUAUAUAACAAUAUACAACAGAGGAUGUCUGUGGAAAAUGUAGAACAUGUAGUUUGUGAAAGGGGGGGAAAAGGAGAAGUUGUCAGACUGGUACAGGUGUCAGAACUGUUAAAGAAAAAGGGGUUCCAUAUAGUUAAUUUAGGACGGUAUAAGCAAGUGGAGGACGUCCUAACAGGUCAAAGGUGAAGGGUCAGGUCAGAGGAUGUUUUAUUGGAUAGAGAUGUGCUGAUGACUCAGGAAGUGGCACAGGCAGGAUGACAGCGUUACCAAUUCCCAUUACACCCUUUAACGGUGUACGUAUGUACAGAGGUCUAUGUGAGAAGGUCGCAGGCUCUUUCACGGUCAGUUCCAUUACAGAUGUACGUGGAAAACAACGGCACAAGAUGGCAGCUUCAGCAAGUCCCAUUACUUUGUGUUUGUACAGAUCCUCAUGUUGAGAGGAUAGCAGGAGGUAUACAAAAUCUUGUGGCCUUAGAGCAUGCUUAUUUUUUAUGUUUUGUAUUUUAUUCAUUUGCCUUUUUGUUUUUUGAAUGAAUGGUUUAAUUAUUAUUAUACGAUUAUAAGGACGAGCCACUGCCUUUUACAAGCGGGGUAUAUUUUUCCAAAGCUGUCAACCUUAUAGAACACUGCUUACUGCAAUGGCACUAUAAGGCAUAGGCUUAUAGUGCCAUUGGCAAAUCCUUCCUCUGUUCUUUGAGAUAAUUGAUAUAGUGCUGGUUAUUAUUGUUAAUAAUGUAACCCCUUGUGUAAUCAUUCAGUAACCCUGGGAGUUUGACAAUUCCAGUGAGAUGCUAAUAGUGCUAAUUUCAGUCAGGCAAUGCUUUGGCCAGCUACAGGCCAUAUCGAUCAUUUUGUCAUAGCUAAAUCAGCAAUUGCUUCACUACACUAACAAAUGCCUUUUACUGAGUUAUGUGGAGUAGGUGUGUGUAUAAAGGAUUUGUGUUAGUUCUUUCUGGGGUUAGCCUUAACCCAAAUAAGAUCUGACUCUUAAAUAAUCAUUGUAGUGCUAAAUGAUAUUGUAAUGAAUGACUCUGUAACAUGUAACAAACUUUUAAACAUGUCUGUGGUUUACCCCCUCUAAUUGUAAUGGUUACAGAGCACGGAGAUGCUCUAGUUAAUGUCUACCUACUCUGACAUUUGAUCUAUUUCUAUGUGGGUUAGUCGGUGGGUCUGUUGGUGGUGUUCCCCAGCAGCCUGUCUGUGGACUAGUAGAGCAGCCUAGGAGAGGCUCUCUGAAACUUGGCCCUGAGGACCCCCUGUGUGUGCUGGACUUCACUUCAACCGAAUCAUUGAAUUUAAUGAAUGUUUCUCUAUAUCACCAUGCUACUACUGUCAGUGAAACAAUGUACCUUUGUUUAUUUAGUAAUACCGUAUGUAUAUUCCAGAAAUGUUGCGAUGUACUGUCGGCAGUAGUUAAGAGAUUGAACUGUUCAAUUAUGCCUGAGUGAUUAGAGGAUGUCAUCCAGCAAACACAGGUGCUUCCUAGUACCAGGGUUGAGAGACUCCAGCUUACUGUAUGAUUUGGCAAGCCCAUUCCCUAAGAAAUGUGGGAAAGAUGCCACCAGUGACCACGACUGCCCACCAGUGAGGCCAUAGGGCAAGGCGGGUUGCCAUUAACUUUUAAAUCCCUCUGUUCUUGUCUUUUUUAAGUAUUGUUAUCAAUCUUAUGGUGAAAAUGCAAUAGAAUCUUUGUCUGAUCAGUUAAUACAGUGAAAUGUUUUUUUCUUCUAAGCAUCAGACAAAGGAUGGAGCGAUUUAGAGAAGAGCUCUUCUCUCUCUUCCCCAUCGCAUUUGACGAUUCUGUUAAUGUUUCAAGGACCUUUUUUUUUCUGAAAGUAUUGUAAACACUGGAGUGAUAAAAACAAAAGACAAAAAAAUAUAUGGAAUAUGGAUAUUUUUUUUUUCAAAUCAGUACUAGAUUUUAGUCUUUAGACAGAGCCUCUUACUCCUCAACUUGACAAAGAAGAUGGACAGAACCAUUUGGAUCAGUACUGUAUUGAGAGCCCAGGGCAUCUAGUAAUUUAAAGAUUAGAGGCGGUAGUACCUCAAGACAAUGACUGUUUUCAUACAAAUCCCCUUCUAUUUGUAGUAAAUGAUAUUGCUAGAGGUAAGCAACAGCAUCUACAGUAGCUAUCACAGGUUAGCCUUUUAUUUUUCUUUAUUAGUCUUGCAUGCAGUUAUGGUCCUCCAGUUAAGAUAGGAUCUUAUAUUGAUUAUUCUUUUGUGUAGGCAAAAUAAGUGCAUCUAAAAUAAACCUUGUGAUCCAAUUAGUUUUAAUUGUAUGGAGUAAGGGGAGAGGCUUCUUACCAUUAUGCUGAAAUAAAAUACUUUGUAAAAGACUUGA